AUGGGCAACAUCCUGAGAGGUGAUGUCCGCUCGCCGCCAUUGAUGGGCUCUUCAUCGUCGCGCGUUUCUCAUCUGCAAGAUCACGAGCAGAAACCAGUUGGCGACCACCUGAGAAGCGAGGUCCACUCGCCGCCGCCGUCGAUGGACUCUUCCUCGUGCCUUUCUUCUCUGCACGAUCAGGAGAAGGAUCGUGACGAAGGAGCCAGAGGUACUUCGUCUGCAGGAGUCCCCGUCGCGCCUGAUCGGAACACGAAGCAAGUUGGCGACCUUUCUCAAGAAAUCGUUCCUGCCCAACUGAAGCGAAAAUCCAUGGCCUCACUUACCGAUGCCGAAACCUUAAUUGUGGAGAAGAAAGCGAAGUGCCAAAGAACGCAGAAGGGAAAGAAAGAGGCCUCAGGAUGUGACACCGAGGAAGUUUCCACAGAGUUGACGCUGCUCUUCGACCCUUAUAAGAUCAAGAAGAGGCUUACGCAAAGCGAUCUCGGCCACCUGUCGAGGCUCUUGAUCGGGCGGGACUUUGUGAAGAGCCACUUUCUCCGGUGGAUGAACGAGGAGACAGUGAGGCAAGUCGAGAGCGGCAAGGGGGCCGACGUCAUCGUGAGGGACUUGGACACGUGCUCUGAGCAUCGACUGGUAUUUGUGUUUUGGGCGUCGUCUGGGUCGUACGUCCUCAAGGGGGGUUGGAUCAAGGAGUUCGUGAAACGGAGGGGCCUGGCAGCUGGCGAUGAGGUCGGGAUAUAUUGGGAGCCUAGUGCUAGCGAAUUCCACUUUAGCCUCCUCCACAGAGCGAAUCAGGCUUGA